AUGGCCACGCCGGCUGCUUUGAUGCCCUCGACUCCGAUAGCCCAUCAACCUCCUAUCUCUGUCUCAGCGGCCACCAGUUCACCGACCCCAGCCGCACUCUCGUCUUCGCCUUUAGUUGCCCCCACCGGACAAAGCCUGUUUAGAUCGGACCUGCUACCCUCGGGCAGCCCCGCUAUCCCGGUCGGAAGUCUCCCAAGCAAACCCGUGUAUUCCACCCCGUCGCCGGUCGAGAACACUCCGCAGAACAACGAGUGUAGAAUGGUUGAGGUGAGGGGCGCGAAGCUCGCCUCCUUCACAGUCAAUGGCAACGAGCUCAUUUGCCUUCCUCAAGCAUUCGACCUCUUUCUGAAGCACCUGGUCGGUGGUCUGCAUACGGUGUACACCAAACUCAAAAGGUUGGAGAUAACGCCCGUAGUUUGCAACGUGGAGCAGGUUCGCAUCCUCCGUGGACUGGGGGCGAUUCAACCUGGAGUCAACCGCUGCAAACUCAUCUCUAGAAAAGACUUUGAGGUCCUUUACAACGACUGCACAAAUGCAAGCUCCAGGCCUGGCAGACCCCCUAAACGGACACAGAGUAUCACAUCUCCAGAGAGUCCUCAUCUUCUCCCCCAUUCUGUGUCCGGCCUCAUGUCCUCAGGGAUCAUGCCUCACGCCGGUCUCACAGCCGCCACUAUUGCAGAGGCCAUGAAGGUAAAGAAGAUCAAAUUGGAGGCGAUGAACAGUUACCACGGCAAUAAUAACCACGGUACAGAUUCCGAAAAUGGUGACAUCAACUCUGGCAUGGCAGGUUUGGAACUGCCAUUCAUGAUGAUGUCACAUCCUCUGAUUCCGGUCAGCUUGCCUCCUGCCUCGGUCACCAUGGCAAUGAACCAGAUGAAUCAUCUCAGCACCAUAGCCAACAUGGCUGCAGCUGCUCAGGUUCAAAAUGCCCCGUCUAGAAUGGUGACCUCAGUCAUAAAGGAGCGCGUUCCAGACAGCCCCUCCCCUGCCCCGUCCUUGGAUGAUGGAAGGAGGUCGGGGAGUCAUGUGUCAUCUCGACAGAGCAGCAGUGUGUCCAGCUCCCCGGCGCACACAGAGAACUCCACGGACAGACCCCAUUUGCACCAGAACGGCCUCUCACUGGGCCACGCCCUGUUAGGCCUGUCACCAAGUGCUCCACCUGGACCCAAAGAGGGGGAUCUGGCAACCCACGACACAGGACACGAGACCAAGAGAACACACACAGAGAAAGAGGAGAGUUUACUGUGCACUCCUACAUCACGAGAUGGUUACGACAGGGUGACUCACGCGGGACAGACGUUACCGCCCGGAUUCCCCGCCCCGCUCCUUUUCCCCGAGGGGCUGUCGUCCAUCGAGACGCUUCUCACCAACAUACAGGGUUUGCUGAAGGUAGCCAUUGACAACGCGCGGGCGCAGGAGAAACAGGUGCAGUUGGAGAAGACGGAGCUGAAGAUGGAGCUGUACAGAGAGAGAGAGCUCAGAGAGACGCUGGAGAGACAGUUAUGCGUGGAGCAGAAAAACAGAGCACUGAUUCAGAAACGUCUGAAGAAAGAGAAGAAAACCAAGAGGAAACUGCAGGAGGCCCUGGAGUACGAGUCCAAACGGAGGGACCAGGUUGAACAGACGCUCCAACUGUCAGCCAAUCCCGAACGGGCUCGCACACCCAACGACCCUCCGCCACAGGAAAUGGAGACUGACCACAGCAACGGCAGAGCGGACCCAGACAGAACAAUCCAAGAUGGAAGACUCUUUAUGAAGACGGCGGCGAUGUACUGA